AUGUCGACAGCAAGCACCACUACCACGGGCAAUGAGUCGCCCUUGGAGGAUGAAAACACUCGACGCUCAGAAGGUCUACUCGAGCAUCGCCGACGUCUCACAGAGACUUUGGUCGACAACCCAUACGACUUGAUCACUUACCUCGAACGUGCCGUUGUCCACUCUGAAUUGGGCUACCCCGACUUGGCCGCCGGCGAUGCCUAUAAAGCUCUUCUUUUGACCGACGACGUCCUCCACGAGGGCUCUGAGUAUCACGAGCAAGCUAUCGAGGCUCUUGGAUCCCGCCCUCUGGACCCACUACCUAUUGUCCUGGACCAUGGCAUUCUGUCGAAGCUCGGAAGCGACUAUCUGACAGACGAGGCCAGAGACCAAGCAAGCCUCGUCGCUCAUGUAGCCAAACUAUCCUCUGUUCGCGCCUUUCAGAUUCUUGCCCUCAGUCUUCUGUUGUGCGGAUGCCUGAAAAGCGCGCACGAGUUUUGCGACCGAGGUCUGCUGAUCGCUCCCGAGAACGACGAACUCCUUCAAACGAUGGGAUACAUCAAGCAUGUGGCGAGUCGGAGAUGUCGCAGAGACGACUUCAACGUCAACGUUCUUCCGGAAUGGGGGCUUGUUCGGAGGGAAGUCUACCCCUGGAACACAUACGAGCCUGACCGUUUUGCUCCCGAGUCCCUCGAAUUUCUGAACGCCGAACUAUCAAAGUCUGCACCCAAGUGUGCGGUCCAAUUGUCUAAGCUCCCGGUCCUUUUGGAGGCAGCCAGCGAUAUGGAUGACUACGAUAUCAUACCCACUUGCAAUCAGCUGGGCCUCUUUGCGACGCAAGACAUUGCGCCAGGAGAGGCCGUCUUGGAAGAAUAUUCGCUUUUGACCGCCAAUAAUCGCCUCAAGGAACCAGUCUGCGAUGCGUGUAGUGCGGAACUGCCACCGUUGGGCAGCGAGCCGGCCGCUGUCAGCUGCGACGAAUGUUACGACACAGUUUUCUGUAGCCAACACUGCCACGAUAUGGCGCAAGAACUUUACCACCCUGCUGUAUGCGAGAAGGAUGUCGACGCCAUCGCCAAGGACCCUGAAGCUUCGGAAGCCGAUGAGACACUACACCUGCUUCUUCUUGCGCGUGUCUUGGCCAUGUCCAACCACCAAGAAAUACAUCCCUUGGAUGUGACACAGAUCAAGUACAUCUGGGGUGACUUUGUGCCUUCCGCAUCGAACGAUAUCGAGAUCUCACCGAGUGCGAAUCCGCCGCCGGAAUGGACGCUGCCAUUCUCGUUCAAGUACAAUAUCGAGACACCCUUCCACAUCCUCGAAAAGAUGGACGUCGACAUUUAUAGCACUAUUCAAGAACACGAUUUGUGGGUUCUGAAUACCCUCUACAGCAAAUUCCGCGGAACGGCAUCAGCCCGUAAGAACCCACGCGAUGGUCGGCCCGAUGUCGCUGCAGUACACCCCCUUUGGUGCUUAGCCAACCACGACUGCGAUCCGAACGUCACAUGGGAUUGGGGAGGACAGAUGACACUUUGGGCGCGGAAGACAAAGGUUGUGGGCGGCGCUCCAGGAGGGCUCAAGGCUGGUGAAGAGGUCUUGAACCACUACUGCGACGUAACAAUGCCCGUCGAUCAACGAAGGGCUUGGGCAAAGGGAAGUCUCGGCGGAUGGUGCAUGUGCCAAAGAUGCCGAGACGAAGCUGCUGCUGCCGAGCCGCAAGCAUCCUGA